UCAGCUGCCAAAAGUUUCGUUGACCUCCGCUGGUGGCGCCAUCGGUCUUGUAAACACACGUGGGUCAACAAAGAAUUUUCUAGGAUCGCUAAACUUGAAGCAGCUAAGGGAGUCCUAAAAAAAAUCAUGGGAACAAAAGAGGACAAUGUGCGCUACCCUCAAAAGAGACACUACCGGCAAAGGGCGCACUCGAACCCUACUGCAGACCAUAAAGUGGACUAUCCAAUUCGCCCUGAUUUGAUGGAUUGGUCAUCGCUUUACCCUGAGUUUCCUGACAAAAGGGUUGAGUUUGCGGACAUUGGCUGUGGCUACGGAGGACUUUUAGUUGCUCUUGGAGAAUUGUAUCCAGAGGUUUUGAGUCUUGGACUAGAAAUCCGGGUCAAAGUGUCUCAGUUUGUGAUGGAUCGAAUCAAGGCCCUGAGGGUGCAGGAGCCGGGCAAGCACCAGAACAUCGCUUGCCUCCGAACGAACGCCAUGAAGUACUUGCCAAAUUUUUUUUGCAAAGGACAGCUGAAGAAAAUGUUCUUCUUGUUUCCCGAUCCGCAUUUCAAGGAGUCAAAACACGAGUGGAGGAUCAUCAGCAGAUCGCUCCUUUCAGAAUAUGCUUAUCUCCUCUGUGAAGGGGGCAUGGUCUAUACAGUGACUGAUGUUCCUGACCUCAACCAGUGGAUGGUUAAGUGCUUGGAUGAGCACCCUAUGUUCGAGCGCAUUUCACAGGAUGAGCUGGACAAAGAUCCCGUUGUGCCCAAGCUUUGGGACAGUUCUGAGGAAGGGCAGAAGGUGACGAGAAAUGACGGACCAAAGUUGCUGGCUGUUUACAGGAGAGUCUAAGAUCCACACAAAAAUAAUUUGAUUUAAAAUGGGCUCUAUUGUGCCUGAUGAUCAGGAAAGUUCGGACAAGGGGUGACACAGUUGGGAAUUAGUUGGUAAAAACUGCUGCUUGUUUACAGGAAGCCGGAUCCACACAAAAACAGUUAUAAUUAAAAUUUUAUUGUUUAUAAUACAUUAAUUCACUUUUAAUAAAUUAUAAAACAAAAAUUAAAAAAAAACUGUUUAAUAUAAAAAAAAUAAUUUAUAUUAGAUGAAUAAAAUUAAUUAAUU